AUGAUCGGUGCAAAAGCACGUGAGCUAUGUAGUCGAGUCAUGAAGUUGUCCCAGGCUUUGCUUGGUCAGCGUAACGCGCACACAAUAUGGUAUCCGGAUGCUAAAUUCGAAAGGCAGUUCAAGAGCGGAGGAGAUUUGGGAAGAUUGUGGAUGAGCGAACAUCACCAAGAGUUCGAGAAAGCGAUCGGAUUAGAUAAAGUCGAUGAACUUCUUUGCUCUGCUCCGGUGCAAUCAGAUUCUUUUCAGGGCAAAAAGCGUGAGAAACAAUUGGAGAAUAUGAUCUUAAACUUUGGUCCUCAGCAUCCUGCAGCGCAUGGUGUGCUCCGUCUUGUGCUGAAAUUAGAGGGAGAGGUCAUCAUAAAGGCAGUCCCCCACAUAGGACUACUUCAUCGUGCUACUGAAAAGCUUAUUGAACACAAAACAUAUACUCAGGCACUACCAUAUUUCGAUCGUCUUGACUACGUGUCAAUGAUGUGCAAUGAACAGGCUUUUGCUCUUGCGGUAGAGAAACUUUUGGGUGUUGACAUUCCACCACGAGCGAAAUAUAUUCGCACAAUGAUGGCUGAAAUCACGAGAAUCCAAAACCAUGUAAUGGGAAUUACUACUCACGCUCUCGACAUUGGAGCUAUGACACCAUUUUUCUGGAUGUUUGAAGAGCGAGAGAAAAUGUUCGAGUUUGCUGAACGUGUGUCUGGAGCGAGAAUGCAUGCGAACUAUGUAAGACCUGGAGGAGUUGCUUGGGACCUUCCGAUCGGUCUUAUGGAUGAUAUCUACGAUUGGGCUGUAAAGUUCCCUGAAAGAGUUGAUGAGCUAGAAGAUAUGUUAACAGAGAACAGGAUUUGGAAGGCUAGAACCAUUGAUAUAGGUUUGGUAACUGCUUCGGACGCGUUAAAUUGGGGUUUUACCGGUGUGAUGGUGCGUGGCUCAGGAAUAAAACAAGAUGUAAGAAAGACUCAACCAUAUGAGGUCUAUGACCAAUUAGAAUUUGAUGUACCAAUUGGUACAAAAGGAGACUGUUAUGACAGGUACUUGUGCCGUGUUGAGGAAAUGCGCCAGUCAUUGCGCAUUAUUCAUCAAUGUCUGAAUAAAAUGCCCGCAGGAGAGGUAAAAGUCGAUGAUCAUAAGAUCGUACCUCCUAAGCGAGCAGAAAUGAAGGAUUCUAUGGAGUCGUUGAUUCAUCACUUUAAGUUUUUCACCGAAGGUUUUCAAGUUCCUCCCGGAGCUACCUACGUGCCUACAGAAGCACCAAAAGGCGAAUUCGGAGUGUAUCUUGUAGCCGAUGGUACCAGCAAACCUUACAGGUGCUACAUUCGCGCUCCUGGAUUCCCUCAUUUGGCCGCUAUACACGAUAUUUGCUACAUGUCUCUGAUUGCCGAUGUUGUCGCUGUUAUCGGAACGCUGGAUAUCGUGUUUGGUGAAGUGGAUCGAUAG